UAAUAUACCCCUAAUAAAAGCAUUUUUUAAUAUAAGAUAAAAUAAUUAAAAAAUUAGCCCUCUCUGUCCGUGUGUCUUAGUCGGGCUCAGCCAAAAGGCCGCCGCAAGCAGAGUCGCACACCACCUCAUCACGACGAGCUCAUCCGGAUAGUUGAAGAAAGCAAGUUCAACUCGUUUCUUUAAGAGAGUGCAGAGUAUGAAAGAGGAAGAGGUGAAUCGUUGCCAGAUUCAAGAAUGGUACCCAAAGUUCAAAGUUGUAUCCAUCAAAACCUUAAUUCACCAACUUCCUGAAUCUUUCAUUGACUACCUUCUUGAUGAUUCCGGGCCCUUUGUGUUGCCUACUUCGGUCUUAAACGAGGAUGCAUUGCCUAAUAGAAUUCACAAUCCCGUUGACGAAGAAGAUUUUCAGGUGUCAGAGGGGUCUGAUGAUGAAGCAGAAGAACCUUCUCCGCCCCCUUCUUUUCCAGAACUUGAAUUGAAAGUUAAGGAAUCCAUUGAGUCCCUUGGGGGUGCAGUCUUCCCCAAACUGAAUUGGAGUGCCCCAAAAGAUUCAGCUUGGAUAAGUACUUCUGGUACCCUUUGCUGCACCACUCUCAGUGAGAUCGCGCUUCUGUUCCGCGCAUCUGACUCACUGGUCCAUGACUUGUGCCAUGCUUAUGAUUCUUGCGAUGAUAAACUUACAUCUCGACCCCGUAAUUUUUUUCUCGCUCUCCGUAAAUGGUAUCCAUCCCUUAAUCCAGACAUGGAAUUUCGCUGUUUUGUUUGGAAUGAUAAAUUAGUCGGAAUUUCUCAGCGGGAGGUUACUACCUUUUAUCCUGUUCUGCUUGAAAAGAAGAAUGACAUCCUAUCACUGAUACAAGGAUUUUUCAACAAUCACGUGAGAGCUAAAUUUGAGUCAGAAAACUACACAUUUGAUGUUUACAUUACAAAGAAUGAGAGAGUUAAGAUUGUGGAUUUCAACCCUUGGGGUGGCUGUACACUAUCAUUGUUGUUUACAUGGGAUGAGUUAGAGCAUAUUCAUAGUGAAGGAGAUGAUGAUGCUGAGUUUAGAAUCGUGGAAGAUCGUUGUGGUGUUAGGCCGGGCCUAAAAACAGCUGUUCCAUAUGAUUACUUGGACACCAGUGCAGGGAGUGGUUGGGAUCAAUUUUUAAGGAAUGCUGAUGAAGAGUUGAGAAGACAAUCCAGGUCUACAGAAGCUGGUGCAUGAUCUUUAGAUUCUCGUUCUCAAUUUUUAACUUUUGAGAUAGCAAAUAGAAUAGUAGGCUUUCUUUUUUCAAAUAUUUAUUUACUUCGAGCCGACGAACGGAAAAGAAGGGGGAAUAAAGCUUAUGUAUGUUUAAAACAAUUCUACUCCAUUGAGAAUGUAUUUUCCUUUUCACUUGAAAUGUUACUGAAGCAAUCUAAUAUUUGACAUUUGCUUUAUGUCUUUGAA